AUGGCGACACCGACCCUGGAUCGUUUCCUCGCGAGCGUUGCUGAGAUUGUGAAAGCCCGCGAUGGAGCCAAGCUACAGGAUUUUCUUCAAAUUGAACCCCCGCUGCCUGAUGUUUAUCGGCAGAUGACCAACGAGUUGCGGCAACACCAUCCGUCUGGUCCGAGGGAAACGGAUUUAUUGCGGCGAUGUGAAGGACUGGUACCGAAGUCUAAGGGUAGCUCCUGGGCUGCUUUUCCAACAUUUAUGAAACUCUACUUCACCUUCCUACGAGAUGUGAAUGUCGAUAACUUGCUGGAGACAUACGAUCUCCUCAAGGGCCUUGUGAAUCAAUGUGUUCUUGCAUUGGGCGACAGUCAAAUGGGUGUCAUAGUGUUACCGACCGUCCUGUAUUUCUCGAAAGUCCUUGCGAAGCUGGCCAUGGGCCUCGACCGUCGUCCCGAAUUGAUUGCACAUUUACUCAGACUCGACGGCCGGUCGAACCAGGAUGAGACUGCGGAGAAGGUGACACUGGUGGAAAAGUCUGCAAAUGUGGUUCGAGAGGCAUUUAUCAAGUGCUUGACUGAUCGGAGCGGCACGCCUGGCAUUCAUGGAAAGCCGGAAGGCAAACGCAUUGGGAUUUAUCUGAUGGCCAACCUCUGCUUGAAACUACUUUUCCAGUGCGGAAAACUUCGAAAUGCAGAGCAAAUGUUCGCGAGUAUUAGCGCGCAGUCCCCGCCUCUCAAAUACUUCCCAGCCUCUCAGAGGGUGACAUACCUCUACUACCUUGGACGCUACCUAUUUUCGAACAAUCUCUUCUAUCCUGCGCAAAUCGCCCUACAGGCUUCAUACGAUCAAUGCCAUCACCAAGCAUUGAGCCAGAAACGCGUCAUUCUGACCUACCUCGUCCCUUGCAAUAUCAUCUUAGGCCGUUUCCCUACCCUACAACUGCUGCAGCGUCCUGAAGCUGAGGGACUGGCUGAACAAUUCAUCCCAAUCUGCAAACUAAUUGCUCGGGGUGACUAUAUUGCCUUCCGGGAGCAUCUUGCAGUAGGCUCCCCUGAAACAGAAUGGUUUGCACGCAAAGGGAUCCUUCUCCCUUUACGUACACGUUGUGAGAUUCUUGUGUGGAGGUCUCUUGCGCGCAAGGUUUUCAUUCAUGGUGGCUUCCACGGUGAACCUCAAGGUCCGAACCAACGUGGGCCGCCCCCAUUCUUGUAUCUCAGCAAGCUUGAGGUUGCUGUUCGUUGGAUCCAGUCUCAGCACACAGUACCGGCUCAAAAGGCUUAUGGUUUCUUUGCCUCGCAACCCGAGCUCGAUGCACAAGCUGGAAAUAAUCGUGUCGGUUCCCAGGUAGUAUACAAACAAUUAGACUGGGACUUUGAAGGUGUAAACGACCUCGAUGCGCAGGAAGCUAUUCCAGGACCCAGCCUGAUAGCAAAGUAUGCUGAUUUUUUAGCACCUGAUGGGUAUUUCGAUGCUCAAGGGCAAUGGCAAGCCAACCUAGCCGGAAACUUGGUUGAUGGUCAGCCCUCGGCAGAUUACAAGCACUUUGAGCUCGACCCCUACGCCAGCCGUCCUGACCUUGAGCCCGAGGAUGGAAAACCUACGUUGAUGAUGCGUGAGAUCGAAUCGAUUCUUGCAUCGCUCCUGACUCAAGGUCUCAUGCGCGGCUAUUUGACCCACAAGAAUCCCCGUUUGGCCAUUCCUGGCGCACGCCUUCGCGGUGCUCUGCCUACCGGCUUUCCUAACGUGUGGCAGACAAUAUAUUCUCGAGAAAGUGAAGAUGAGAACGUCCCGGGAUGGGUCCAGCCUCCUGCCGUCACAGCAGUCCCUACGGCUGGCGGAGGAAGGGUGGUGAAUCUCUCGGGAGCACGACCUGUCGGAGUUCAAUGA